AUUCUAAAAUAAAAUCACCCUGGCAUGAAGUCACUGACUAUUUCACAUCCGGUUUACUCAAGGACAAACUACCAUUGUCCUGAUAAAGUAAAUAUUUAUUUGUGCGAAAUCACCGUAUUUCGUAAAGAUUUUGCUCUCAGAUCACUAAUUUGCUGGGGACUCGGAAGAGUUUAACUCCCCACACCAAUGAAUAGUGCGCGAGACCUGCGCAAACUCAGCGUCGUCAGCAGCAGCUCCUUGAGCCUCAAGCUAAAAUUCGGCUGAUCGGAGAUCUUUGAGGAUUUUUGUCAUCGUAUCAGUGUUCAAAGGGUAUCCAUAAAAGUUGAAGGACACGGAACGGUCGCAUAUCUGAGGUGCAUUGCUGGACACCUGUGCUUGCUGGAAUGAUGUUCGCCCAGCAUCGAACCCACUACUUGUGUAUAUGGGCCUGCUUACUUGUGGCAAACGUGUUCGGAGGGAAAAGCUCGGGAACGAAUGGUGUUACAGAUGAACAGAAGGACAACACCACAGUGUUCACUAGGAUCCUGGACAGCCUUCUGGACGGAUACGACAACCGUCUAAGGCCAGGGCUCGGAGAGCGUGUAACCGAAGUCAAGACUGACAUUUUCGUGACGAGUAUCGGGCCUGUCUCUGACCACGACAUGGAGUACACCAUUGAUGUGUUUUUCCGACAAAGCUGGAAGGAUGAGAGGCUAAAGUUCAAGGGGCCCAUGGCUGUGCUCCGUCUCAACAACCUGAUGGCCAGCAAAAUCUGGACACCAGACACGUUCUUUCACAACGGAAAGAAGUCUGUUGCUCACAAUAUGACCAUGCCCAACAAGCUCCUUCGAAUUACAGAGGAGGGCACACUGCUUUACACAAUGAGGCUGACGGUCAGGGCAGAGUGUCCCAUGCACCUUGAGGACUUUCCCAUGGACGCCCACGCCUGCCCACUCAAGUUUGGCAGCUACGCCUACACCCGCUCAGAGGUGGUGUACGUGUGGACGAGAGGAGCAAUGCAGUCCGUGGUGGUGGCCGAAGACGGAUCCCGACUCAAUCAAUAUGACUUGAUGGGACAGACGGUUGACUCCGGGGUGGUUCAGUCCAGUACUGGAGAGUACGUUGUCAUGACGACACACUUCCAUUUGAAGAGGAAGAUCGGCUACUUUGUCAUUCAGACCUACUUGCCGUGCAUCAUGACAGUCAUCCUGUCCCAGGUGUCCUUCUGGCUCAAUCGGGAGUCCGUGCCUGCCAGGACUGUGUUUGGAGUGACCACUGUACUCACCAUGACCACCCUCAGUAUCAGCGCUAGGAACUCCCUCCCCAAAGUGGCCUACGCCACGGCCAUGGAUUGGUUCAUCGCUGUGUGCUACGCCUUUGUGUUCUCGGCACUCAUCGAGUUCGCCACUGUCAACUACUUCACAAAGAGAGGCUAUGCUUGGGACGGAAAAAGCGUGGUGCCAGAGAAGCAAAAGAAGAAAAAGGAGUCCCUCCUGCAGAAGAACAACACGUCGUAUGCCGCGGCCACCGCCACAGCCUUCGCCCCGAACAUUGCCAGGGACCCGGGCCUGGCCACCAUCGCCAAGAGCGCCCCUCCGCCGCCCACCGAGCCCAAGGAGGAGCCCAAGCCCAAGCCGCCAGAGGCCAAGAAGACCUUCAACAGCGUCAGCAAGAUCGACAGGAUCGCUAGAAUAGCUUUCCCCUUGCUCUUCGGAACCUUCAACCUGGUCUACUGGGCAACGUACUUGAACAAGAAGCCCAAAUUACAGGGCAUGCAACCUCACUAAUCCUACCAGUCCUCUCUCUCUCUCUCUCUCUCUCUCUCUCUCUCUCUCUUUUCCCCUUUCUUGCUUUCCUUUCUUUUCUCUCUUUCUUUCUUGCUUUCUUUCUUUCUUGCUUUCCUUCCUCCUUGCUUUCUUCUAAAGUAUCUUUUCAGAAAACACACAAAUGAUGGUUGGACUCCGGGUCACCAUAUUGCUUCAGUGUUAACAUUACAUUGACGUCCUCAAUCUGAAAAAAAAAGAAGAAAAGAAAAUAACGAACAGCCGAGCAAUGUGUCAACUUUUACAUUAUUCUGUGACUUUUGAAAUAUGCUAUUAUAAUUACAGUACAUGGUAUAUAUGUAUACACACACAUACACACACACACACCCCACACACACACACACACACACACACACAAACACACUCAACACACACACACACACACACACACACACACACACACACACACACACACACACGAGAAUGCUAUUCUACAAAUGCAAUUGCUAAGGAUGCCACAAAGAUUUUAUCGACUUUUAUUGACUUACUUUCUAUUGUUUGGUUGUUGUUUUGCAUUGAGUUGACAUAAUCUACCAGUAAUAUGUUUGCAUGAACUGGGUUUUUGAUUUCUUUCCAACAACCAAUCAACAUCAGAGAGAUGUCCUAGUUGCAUAACGUUACCCCCCUCCCCCCCAAGACACGUUAGUAUGCUUCCAUUUUCGGUUGUUGUGUUGCAUUUCCUUGUUUACAAGAUAGGGUCUCAGCAAUAGCAAUAAACCAUGUCUCUCAGUGAAGUCACUUCAGCCAUGGGUUUAAAAGUUUAGAAACAUUCGAUCGACUCUUGUGUUAACCAUCAAACAUGCGACUUACUUAGUUCUCUUGUAAAUACUUUGAAGUGAUAGAGAUGUCAGUAUUAAGUUUAAGGCUUUGCAAAAUGUACAAACACAAGUGGCAGGGAGACUGUAUAUGUGAGACCUGGAGAGCGACUUGUGUAAAAAAACAAAAAAAACAAUUGGUUCACUUUUAAGUGACUGUUUUUCUACAAACUAAAAUAAAUACUAAGUGUUCCACUCCAGACAGAAAUAAGGCAUCAGAGGGUAUAUAUAUAUAUAUAUACAUAUACAUAUACAUAAGUGACAUGUGUGUGUAUGUGCACACUAGCAGUGAUACUAAAAGAAUGGGAAUAGUGAUGGGAAAGAAUGUAAAAAAACUGUAAACUCAAUGUUGGAAUGCAUUUUAUAUUUAGAAAUUAAAUCACACUUCUGGACUUUGCUAUUUUUGUUCUGUCUAAAUGCUAAUGAUAUUGGAGAACGUUUUUUUUUUCUUUCUUUCUUAAUUUGGGGAUUUGUUUUCUUGGGGGCUUCCAGCAACAUUAGUCUUUAUGUGUGCUGCUAGUAGCUAGCGUUGCAUUGGCGUCAAUGCAUAGAGAGUGAAGAGCAGUGCCUUUUAUAUUUUUCAGGGUUGAACUAAUGAAAGGCUACCUUAUAUAGCGCAAAAGAAAUUUCCAACCUAUCGUACUUACUUUUCAGGUCCAAUUGCGCUUGUUUAGUUUCUGAACCUUUCGAGCACCACUCAGAAAAGUACCAGCUACACUGCCUUCAGUCUCUCAUGCCGUUUCGAGGACAGGCGGUCUCUUUUUAUUAUGAUGUCUUUGUUGCUGCUUGUCCAUACAAGACUUGGAAGAUUAUGAAAAAUUACGACGCGCCAAUCACAUGGGCCAGCACUGUGCCCUGCAAACCAAUGCAUCUUGGUGUGCUAUGAUAAUGUUUAUUUUUGUAGUGUGAUGUCAGUCCCUCUAAAAAAGAGUAUCUAUACUCAUCAAGCCAAACGUUAACCUGCUGUCAAGUUAUUUUUGUUCCUACAUAGACCUGAUAGAUGAGGACAGGUUGCAUAGAUGAUGGCUAACGGUUCUAGUCAAUAUGUACCAUUCUCCAGUUAAGUUGAUGUAGCAAUAUUUGAUUAGCAAGGGCUUUUGAAGAUCUGAACAUUAAAAAAGUUAUCUAAGGUGAAUUCCAUGGUAGCGUAGAAGACAGUAUUUUGUUCAGUGUUAACUUCUUUUACAGGGUUGACUUCUUUUGGCUUUGUUUAUGGGAUGUAACACAUUGUUUAUUUUGUUUGUUAGUUCAAACACAUUUGUUUCUUCUCGUUCAAAUAUCCAACUCUAUUUUUCAAACAAAAAGUCCAAUUUAGCCUUUUGAUUUGUUUUGUUUUAUUCCUUUGUUUUCAAUGCCAUUUUGUUGCGUUUCCACGAGUGCCAUGGAUAUGUAUUUUGGAGAGUGAUAUUUAAAUAGCAUAUCAUUGCAGGUUCGGGUGGAGGGCAUGUACAGCAUACGGUCUAGUGUGCACAUGGAGGUCCAGGGGGGUCCAGGGGGGUCCUAAAAGCUGAGACCAGUUAGGGGAGGUAGGGUGGGCAGUAACCUGGAGUCCACUCCUGCCCUGGGUGAGGGAGCUAUACGCAGAUGCAGUUUGGAGAUCCUUCACAAGGAUCUACUUGGAAGCAAGACUAUUUUGAAACAUUGUAUAAAAUAUACAUAUAGAUAUUUCAAUUCCAACCUACUGUACGGAUGUUUCUUAUCAUGCCUACAAAAAAGUGUAUAAGUAUAUAUAUAAUAUACAUAAUACAUAUAUAAAUAUUUCAUGAAGAUUCAAAUAAAAGAAAUCUAUAUAUAAUAUUGUUUGUACCAACCUAUUGUUAUGCAUUUUGCACAUUUAGACAUGUUUUACAUUGAUGUAGUCAGCUUUGUGCUAUGCAAGAAUAGCUUCAAAACACAUUAAUUAGCUUUUCUCCUGACCAUAGUCCUUCAGAAGAACACACUACUGUAAAAAGCUUAACUCUUUUGACAGACCACACUUCCUUGCCCUUUUCUCCAUCCUCAUGCUGAGUAAACAAAUGACCACUGUCUUCUCUCUUCUCUUAUUUGUUCCAGUGUGGAUGAUUUGGUCUGGUUUGACUACUGUUGGUCAGGAAAUGGCUCUCAUGUUGAUUGCACAUAACCGGUGACAUGGCAAUAAAAAUAAACAAAUACCUGAAUAGAAAUUCCUAUAAAAGUAUUUAUUUAAACAUAGAACAAAUGCAGAAAGAUGAUGAUGAUGGUGUUGGUGAUGAUAUGAUGAUGACAUUUUUGUAUUAUACACAAGUAGCCCAAAUGUAUAUUCCCAGAAGGCAGCACUGUACCUUAUUUUAGGUAAAGAGAUUCUUUGAUUUCUCAAUCCUUUCCUUGUCAGAGGGGAGGAUGAGAGGCCCGAUUCAUUUGGAAAAGGAUUGGCUGUUUGCUGGAACACUGCCCUGUUUCCUCAAAGCCCUGUUUUUGUAGCAUCGCCUCUUAAAGACCCAAAAUAGGAAAUGCCCAGACAAGGGGAGAUGCUCUAUUCGUUUUGGUCAUGGCAUCAGUUUCAAAGAUGGAAAUGCUUGAUAGCACAUUUAUUUUUGGUUUAAACUUGAUAUCUUUAUUUGUGUGUUUAUUUAUUGAUUGGUUUGUUUAUUUUUAAUUACAAAUUGUGUGCAGAUCAAACAAGAUAAUUGGUAAAUAAAGAAGUGUUUACAUAGCAUUGAAAAAACA